CGAACAAACGUCAACCUGUUGUUUGUCCCGUCACCAUUGAUCAGCUCUCCGCGCCACGAGGAAGUGCGGCCGCCCCCCGCGCGGAGAGCGCAGCAUGCAGGAAGUUUGCGGAGCGCUCGGCGACUAGCGCGGAGGCCAGGGCCAGCGAGCGCGGGCGCGCGUCCCGGGAGCCUGUCCCGGCUUUUUCUUGGAGCGACGCUGUCCCCGGGUCUCUGAUCCCAAUGCACCGGCUCAUCCUUGUCUACACGCUAGUCUGCGCAAACUUUUGCAGCUACCGGGACACUUCUGCCACCCCGCAGAGCGCAUCUAUCAAAGCUUUGCGUAACGCCAACCUCAGGCGAGAUGAGAGCAAUCACCUCACAGACUUGUACCGAAGAGAUGAGACCAUCCAGGUGACAGGACACGGCCACGUGCAGAGUCCCCGCUUCCCAAACAGCUACCCUCGCAACCUGCUUCUGACCUGGCGGCUCCACUCCCAGGAGAAAACAAGGAUACAGCUAGCCUUUGACAAUCAGUUUGGAUUAGAGGAAGCGGAAAAUGAUAUCUGUAGGUAUGAUUUUGUAGAAGUUGAAGACAUAUCUGAAACCAGUACUGUUAUUAGAGGACGAUGGUGUGGACACAAGGAAGUUCCUCCAAGGAUAACAUCAAGAACAAACCAGAUUAAAAUAACGUUCAAGUCUGAUGACUACUUUGUGGCUAAACCUGGAUUCAAGAUUUAUUAUUCUUUUGUGAUUGUAGCCUCCAGUCUCCUCUGUCCACGGGAUUCUGCAGGCAAGAAUACUGGAGUGGGUUGUCAUGGCUUCCUUCAAGAGAUCUUCCCAUUCCAGGGAUCAAACCCACAUCUCUUACUUCUCCUGCAUUGGCAGGAAGAUUUCCAACCUGCAGCAGCCUCAGAGACCAACUGGGAGUCAGUCACAAGCUCUAUCUCAGGGGUAUCCUAUCACUCUCCAUCAGUAACGGACCCCACUCUCACUGCGGAUGCUCUGGACAAAACGAUUGCGGAAUUUGAUACUGUGGAAGAGCUGCUCAAGCACUUCAAUCCAGAAUCAUGGCAAGAAGAUCUUGAGAAUCUGUAUUUGGAUACCCCUCAUCAUCGAGGCAGAUCAUAUCAUGACAGGAAGUCAAAAGUUGACCUGGACAGGCUCAAUGACGAUGUCAAGCGUUACAGUUGCACUCCCAGGAAUUACUCCGUCAACUUGAGAGAAGAGCUGAAGCUUACCAAUGUGGUCUUCUUUCCACGCUGCCUCCUUGUGCAGCGUUGUGGAGGAAACUGUGGCUGUGGAACUGUCAACUGGAAGUCCUGUGCAUGCAAUUCAGGGAAAACUGUGAAAAAGUAUCACGAGGUGUUAAAGUUUGAACCUGGCCAUUUCAAGAGGAGGGGCAGAGCGAAGCACAUGGCUCUCGUUGACAUCCAGUUGGAUCACCAUGAGCGGUGCGACUGUAUCUGCAGCUCAAGACCACCUCGAUAAGAGAAUGUGCAUGUACUUUCAUUAAACAUGAAAGAACCUUUAUUUUGAGAAGGGUGUGGUAAGAGACCCCUUUCCCACCAGCAACCGAACUUACCAUUAGCCUGCAAAGGAAUGAAUACAAGUGGUAGCUGACUUUCAACCUAGCUUUGUUAGUGCCAUGACAAGUAGAAAGGUGUAUCAUCAACCUCUAUAUCCAAGAAUAUAGGAUUGCAUUUAAUAAUAGUGUCUGAGGAUAUAUAUAUAUAUAUAUAUAUAGAUAUAUAUAUAUAUAUCAUCUCCAUGUCUCUGUGUAAAUAGACCAAAUGGUUUACUCAGUAUAUAUAACCAGGUACACCAGUGCUUACAUAUGGUUUAAUUAUUUAGACUCUUAAAAUCUGACAAAAUAAGGGACAUAGCAAAUACAUUAAACAUGUCUUUGGAAGAUUAAUUUGUUUGUUUUUAAGUUUUGAAUCACAAAACAAUUUUGGAUCUUGCUCUUUUAAAGAAAGCACCUUUUAUAUUAAAAAUUAAAUAAAUGAGCAUUUCUUGUGCAUACAUCUUAAUUAUAAAAAGAGGGAAAUAUGGUUUCUGGGAAGAGAUACAUUCCUAGCCGUUUUUCUCAUGAGAUGUACUACAUACUUAGCUAUAUAGACAAUAGUUACCUGUCUCCAAAAGCAUGUCAUCAUAAUAUAGGUGCUUUAGAAAUAAAGCCCUUAAGUCUUCUCUUAGUGUAUCUUGCCAAGGCAUGCAAACUCAUUAACACCUGUCUUCAAAAAAUUCUCACAAGGUUUAUUAAUAUUAUCCUAUGAGAAAUAAUGUAUAAACUGAAGCAGAAUUUUGAAUUGUUUCUUCUCAAAACCUCUCCACAAAAGUAACUCCUUUAGAGAAUGUCAUGGGGACUCUCUAUGAGCCUUUCAAAAUAAUGCUCACUGGAAAGUUUGAGCAGUUGAAAGUAAAAAAAUGUGAGCAUUGAAAUAUUAACAUAACUGGGAGUGGGAUGGAAUAUUUGAUUGAAAUCCAUAUUUAAUAAUGACUCAUACUCUCCGAAUUAUGCCAAUUAAUUUUAUGUAUCUUGCUUUUGUGUUCCUAUCUCCUCCAUAUCUCUUCCUAUCUCUUCCAUAUAUAUAUAUGUUUAUCUGUUUAUGAGUUUAUGAGUCAUUAUUAAAUGAGACAAUGUAUAUAUAUAUAUAUAUAUAUAUACAAUGGCAUUUUAUAUUUGGCAAGCCAUCAUGGAUUACUUAUAGCCCAGAAGCUUUUGUGCAUUAAAGCAACCCAAUUUCAUUGAUGUAAAUUCCUAACUGUGUACUCACUGUUCAAUUCAGUUGAACUCCUGUUUCUGAACUAAGUGAAAGGAGACCUGGGGUCUCGGGUUCUUUCCAAAUCUAUGGCACUUGUUCUAAGAAGCCUCACUGCAAAUUGUGAGAGCACCAGGUUGGCCCUGCUCUACCCUAGGAAAUGGUUUUUGCAUUGGUAGUUAUUAUUGGUACUUAGAGUAAUUUUUCCGCCUUGGCUCCUUAAUGUCUGUUAAGGCCUCAGGGACUGACUGCAAGCGUAGGAAGUGAUUCAUCAUUCUCCAAAGGAAGACUCUAAGAGAGCAAUACUAAAAUUAAGAUAGCUCUGGAGCCGCUCAGAGAAAAGGACAUUUUUCUUCUCGCUUUGAAAUAAAAAAGGAGAGCUGCUUCCUUCCCUGAGUCCAGGGCCCUACUGAACACAGCUAAGUCAAAUGAGGGUGUGUGACUGGGGCUCAUUAAGUCUCAGUGUCAGAUGAACAGCCUAUAUAUAUUUGGAUUUCUGAGCAUGAUGCUUUCAGGACCAAGUUCUCAAGUAUCUUUAGGAGCUCAUUUCUGUUCAGCUCUUUGAAAGGUCAAUGCUUAUUGAAGAUAUUCCCUCAAAACUUCCCUGAAAGUGUCCAGUGUUUUUACCUCAAAGGAUGACUGGUAAAAAGAGAUGCUCUAUUGUUAAGUUGUCCAAAAUCCAGAGCGCAGCCAGACCCUCUAAUAAUCAGGAACCGCUCUUCCCCUGCAAGCCUCUUGAAAGCUUCCUGUGAAAACAUAGGAUUCCUGGACCAAAACCAAAAUUUGAGUUAUAUCAUUCUAACUUGUUCAACUGUUAAGUAUGAAAAAUUAGAGUGUUCUACCCAAUUUUCAAUAAACCUUCCAGGCUGCAAUAACCAGGAUGGUUUUCAGUUAAAGCCCUAUCUCAACUUUUUAUUUAUUAGCUGCCAUGUAAGCAUGCAUUCUCACUCACUUCUUUUUUUUUUUUCUUUCCUGAGUGUUUUAUUAAAACUUCUCCCUUGGUUAUCUGUUAUCUAUUGCACUUCCAACAUGUAGCCAAUAAAUCUGUUUCAUUGCCAUCAAAGGAAUAAAAAGCUCACCGUACAAAUUACAUUUCAAAACAAAUCCUAAUAAA